CUGGCUCCUUGUAAUCCUCCGAUGAAUUCGUGUGCAGCGAAUGACAAGGGCAACAUCUUGACCAUGAAGGAAGCACAGGAGAGCGGAAUUCGUGCUCAACUGGUUGUGCUGAGCUGUUGUCACAGCGGUAAAGGUGACAUCAGGUCUGAGGGAGUGGUUGGAAUUGCUCGAGCCUUUCUUGCUGCAGGAGCUCGUGCCGUUGUAGCAUCACUUUGGGCCAUUGAUGACGCAGCAACAAAGGUCUUUAUGCUGAAAUUCUAUUCCCAUCUCAAGAAUGGAGAGAGUGCGAGUAAGAGUCUGCAGCAGGCAAUGAAGGACAUGAGAGAAAUAGAGAGAUACAAGGAACCAAAAUACUGGGCGGCCUUCUUUCUAAUUGGAGACGAUGUAACCAUCACAGGAUAAUCAAAUAUCAAGGCUGGGUUGUUGGUCGAAUAUUUUUAGAACAUUAAAAAGUUUAGUUUUCGAGUUUUCAUAAAGAUAAAUGUACCCUGACUGAUAAAGUGCAAAUACUAAGAGUAGAGUGAUCGUACUUAAAACCAUGCAACUGUACAAACUAGAUAGUGCUAUUUAGUUGUAUUUAGUAAAUCGUGUACGCGGCACGCAAAUUAAAUUG